GGCUGGAUAUGUGUGGCUGUUGUCACUGGGACCAGAGAGGGAGAAUGAAAGAGAGGAAGAAAGAAGAGAGAGAGAGAGAGAGAGACAGAAACAUGUCCUAGACUGAAGAUAUAGGACUGUCAGCUUGGAGUCAUUGUGGAUUGCAGGGUUAGAGUGGACAUAGGAGGAAAUGAGAAGAUGUGGUAAAGAUGCACUGGUCGUCUGAGUGGGCAGAGCAACACUAUGACGUCUCUUCUACUACGUCACCCCCUGCCCACCCUAAGCCUCUUUCAUACCCACAGACCAGUCGUCCUGGUUUCACUGGCUAUUCAGAUGACAUCAAUGCCCUGAGUGCCUCCACCCUACUGAAACGCUAUGCUGAAAGAUAUUCCUUCAGUCUGGCCUACCCAGAGCCUGGGACUUUCCGAAGAAGUGAACCCCCCCAGGAUGCCUGGUCUAUGGGCUACAACUCAGAAGGGCCCCCUGGGUUAGAGGGAGUAAAGGGGUCUUUGGGGGGUGCAAGUAACCUUUCAGAGCAAUUCAGCACCAGUGCCAUAUCUCAGGAUUACUCUUCCACCUAUAGCGGUCCACACUUGUACCCUAAACCCACCUACUUGCCCCAGCCAGCGUUUGCCUUGCCACCUGCCUACCCGCCUCCUGCACCAGGGUACACCUAUCCCCCCAGUCUAACACCCCCUAGUUCUUCCUCCCUGCUUCCCUCAGGCAUACACACAACCACACCUCUGAGCAGCAGUCUCCCAAACAACCACAGCAUUCAACCUCUUAAACGACCUGAGGAGUUACAGGAACUUCCCCGCAACAGGAAGUUUGGAUUCGAUCAGCCCAAAACUGCCAGAGUGUCACCUUACGCAGUCAGGGAUAACAGUGACCAGCCCAUUAGCGUUGGCAUUGGAAAUGGCAGUGCAGAUGUCCAAAACUUCAGGCAUCUCUCACAGUCAAAUCUGAAGGUAGAGCUGGAGAGGAAGAGCAGCCAUCUGCAGCCCCUGGAGCCCCCCUCUUAUGGAAGUCCAGACCAAUACACCUACCAUUAAGUCUACUUGAGUUAUGCAAUAAAUAAGACCUUUUUAUACAAGAACGCUUCCACUGGAUGUACGUAAUACAUGCUCUCCGCUUGAAACCGAAGAAUGGUAGUAACAUAGAGGGCCUCAUUCACCAAUAUCUUCAAUUUCACCAAUAUGCUUUUUCUUAAAUUUCGCACCUUUGUGCUCUUGAGUGUGUAGAUUCUGUUCUUACCUAAGAACAAAUCCCAAAUAAGAAAACACUGGUGAAUGUCAGAAUCUUUGUGAAAACUGUGUAACUGAAAUUUCUUCUUAAGAACGGUUGGUCAGUGAGGCCCAAUGUUAGUAGAUCAAUAACGUUUUAGUACUAUUGGGAUUUAGGCAUAGGGUCACACACCAUUUUAUUUUACAAUGACCAAAUUACUACUAAAGUGGGUUCCAGCACAAAUCGGCAGGGAAUCUAUAUGUUUAUAUCUCUCCAUUCUCUUUUCCUUCAUCUGUAUUUUGUUCUCUAUCCUCCUUUUUGCUCUCUCUCUAUGUAAUCAAUCAGUGUAGUGAGGCAUAGCCUAUAACUAUGGCAAGCACUAAUCCACCAAGUCAAUCAAUAAGUUCUAAUCCAAAAGAAGGUUGAGAUAGAGAGGGAGGCAUGCAACAAAGGAUGAGGAAGACAAAGAAGGAUUUGAUUGUACAAUUAAAAUGAAAGCUUAAGUAAAUAUUGAGUGCUCAGGAAUAUAUGUUGUAAAUCAAUGCGCUGCAAUGUUGUGAUAGACACACUGAAUAAGUAUUCUUGUUCAUAUAAAAACGUGCACUUGCACAUUAACAAAAAAAACAUACGCAAACAGUGAACCUCUGUAAAGAGAGGUUUCUCUGCAAGCCUCGAAUGUAACUCUUUUUCUCAGGAAUUGUGAAUGAAGCCAUAGAGUCCCAAUGCUAGUAGAUAAAUAAGGUUUUAGUACUAUUGGGAAUUUUAGAUAAGAAGGCUUACUUUACAAUCUGAUAAAAGCCUGGUGAAUGCUUUGUGAUUUUUUUUUCUUUAACUAUGGUUCUCAAUACUGUGUUACGUCUCUAUUAGAUUAGUCAUUGCUAAAUGUAUCAUUUACAAUAAGAAGUGUGAUUUUAUCAUUUCAUGUUCCUGGAAUGUUAUCCUUCAGCUGCUUAUCUAGAAAUAUCAGGCAACAGUUUCUCCUUCAGGAAUACUGUUUAUAUCCCUAAAAAGUCAAAAGGCUCCUUCUCUUUGUACCUGACAGAGACGUGCACACAGCUUCCCUAAGCCUCCUGACAUGCAUCAGUGGCUGUAUUGUGAGAUGGUCUGUGCUAGUGGGAUCCAUCUAGGACCACAGUACUUUUGAGAUGUGAGAAGGCAAAUGGCUGCUAAAUGAGAUUCAAACAGAUUUACAAAUGGGUAACAAACAGUCCCAAGAGUGUUAACUGUUAUGCAACUGACAUUUUUUUGUCUCUGUAAUUCAAUAUGUUGUCAAAAACCACUACCUCAUGUUUGGGCUUAUGUAGAUUUAUGUUGAACAUUAAGUGUGGGUGCAUGACUGUAUUUCAUUUAUUUUGUUUUUACUUGUAGAACGUCUACCUCAACAAUCCUUUAUGCAAAAUAAAUGCAACUAUACCAAUA